UACGAAUAACCAAUAACUGAGAUAAAAUAUCAAAUUAGUUAUAUUGACUAAACCUAAAAAACUUUAUUUUCUUUAAAUUCAAUACAUACUUAUGUACUUAUAAAUUUAAGUUAAAUACCCAGUACUCAAAAAUUAAGUAAUACUAAGUACGUACUUAAGUGCAUGUACACUACGCCAUUUAAAGUGUUACAACAUUAAUAUUCACCUACCCACCCCACCUACCUACACUCAUUGCACAAUGCAACCACGCAAACAAAAGAACACAAGUGUAUGGAAAUUUAAAUAAAUUAAGCGAUAUUUCAAUGUACUCGUAAACAAGUCUUUCAAAAUUUAAUAAAUUACACAAAACUCUAUUUUUGGCUAGUAAAAUUAACUUGAAAAAGCUAUAACUGUUUCAAAGUGAUUAAUGCAAAUAUGCAAUUGUGUUUUUUUUUUCUCUCUCCCUCUCCUAUCGUUUUUCUCCGUAUGUGCUUAUGGUUUGCCAUUUAUUUUCGAUAUUAUUAUUUUCACGAUUUCUUUGCUUUGUGUGUGUGUGUUUAACUUUCGUUCUUGGUACAAUGUGACAAAUAAAAAAAUAAAUGAUAACAAACAACUGUAACACAACAAUGUCAACACGUAUGGACGCGCACACACACCCCAUGCAAAAAAAAACUUACUUCAAGAAGGUGGAAUGCCGCAACCACAUACGCGUCAUACAGCCGAUGGACUCUGGGGCGCGCUUAUAUGUAUGCGGCACGAAUGCGCACAAUCCAAAAGACUAUGUGAUAAAUGCGAACUUAACACAUUUACCCAGAUCCGAGUACGUGCCUGGCAUUGGCUUAGGCAUCGGCAAGUGCCCCUACGAUCCCGCCGAUAACUCCACAGCCGUUUAUGUGGAGAAAGGAAAUCCCUUUGGAUUACCAGCGCUGGUAAGUAGAGGCAAACAAAAAAAAAAAAAAAGAAUUGAAAAUAAAAAGGCAUGCGAAUAAGUUUCAAUGCAAAGAGGUGGCGAAGGUGUUUUGGCAAGGCAGUCAAAUAAAAGUACACACUGGCAAAUAUUUGUUUGUUAGUUUAUACGCG